GUGUGUGUGUGUGUGUGUGUGGGGGAGGGGUAUUGGCUGGGGUGGAACAGUCCUGUAAUGAGCAGAUUUUAGAGAGAGAGAGAGAGAGAGAGAGAGGCCCGAAAAACAAGAGAGGACAUGACUUGGUGGAAUUGGGAUACAACAACAAUCCAGAUAUUUUUUUUUUUAGGGGCGAAGCGCUGAAACGGAGAGAGGGACAAAGGGAAGAGGAAUAAUUCAUCACUUCCUCCUUCGCAUCCCUCGUCUCCGGGAGGGAGGCUCGUCUUCAGAUCCGACGCCGGGCGGAGGGACGUCCGCUCUCUCUCCGUUCUGAGGCUGCUUCACGGAUGUGUGUCUCCGAGCAUCGUUCCGCAGGCCGACAGCGACGGAGCGUCUCUGAUCCUUCAUCUUCGUCUCUUAUUAUUUUUUUUAAAUGGCGUACCAGUGCAGCAGCAGCAGCAGCAGCAGCAUCCUCCUCCUCCUGCCUCCCUCUCCGUGUGCCGGUGCGGCAGCGGACGUGUGGAUGCUGUAAUGUCUGAUUGAAGCUGAGCUCGGUCGCUAUCGCUGCAACCGUCGCCUCCAUCACCACCACCAGCGCCGCCGCUCUGUGGGCCACUGGGACUGCUGGGAAAAGCCUAUAGGCCUCGCUCGUCUGGAGCGCCCCGCUGCAACCCCCGGGCCGAGGCUGACAGGGCCGGCUGGAAGGUGGAGGAGGCAGUGGAGGAGGAGGAGGAUGAGAAGCGCUCCGAGCCCGCAUGCCCGUGGGAAGCAGCAUGCACGGCGGCUGCGUUCGCCGCUCCAGACCCGCCGCUGAGGCUGCUCCUCCGUCGCCAGGCGACGCUCAUCCGGGCCGCGUCCUGCUGCAUAUGAAACGAGGAGCCGGUGUUUCUACAUCCUAAACUAACCCACGAGGCCCUGCGCCUCCACGCCACCGGCUUCAAACGGGGCCUCCUCCCUUAUUUUGCUCCUUCUGAGUGAACCGGACCUUUUUUUUUUCUCCUUCUUUUUUCGUUUCUUUUUUUCUUGACGUUCUAAGGAGUUGCCGAAACCUGUUUCAUGCAUGUCCACUGGAGGCAGGUUUGACUUUGAUGACGGGGGGUCGUACUGCGGGGGGUGGGAGCAGGGCAAAGCCCAUGGACGAGGGGUGUGCACGGGGCCCCAGGGUCAGGGCGAGUACGCGGGCGCCUGGAGCCACGGCUUCGAGGUCCUGGGCGUGUACACGUGGCCCAGCGGGAACAGCUACCAGGGCACCUGGGCGCAGGGCAAGCGGCACGGCGUCGGCGUGGAGAGCAAAGGCCGCUGGGAGUACCGAGGGGAGUGGACGCAAGGGUUCAAAGGUCGCUACGGGCAGCUGGAGAGCACGGCGAGCGGGGCCCGGUACGAGGGGACGUGGAGCAACGGGCUGCAGGACGGAUACGGCACUGAAACCUACUCUGAUGGAGGAACCUACCAGGGCCAGUGGCUGGGCGGGAUGCGUCACGGCUACGGCGUGCGGCAGAGCGUGCCGUACGGCAUGGCGGCCGUCAUCCUCUUCCCCCUGCGAACGUCCAUAAACUCCCUCCGCUCCGAGCACGGCCCGCCGGCUGUGCAGGAGGACGGCGGCGCCAACUCGCCCGCGGACGGGGCGGCGGUGGCGGCGGCGGCCGGGCUGGCCGGGAGCCCCGUGGGCCGCGGUGGGUUCGUCCUGACGGCGCCCAGCGAGGCGGAGCGCCAGAGGAAGAGGAAAGGCCGCUUCCGGCAGUCCAUCCUGAGCGGCCUGAAGCUGCGGCGCUCCGAGUCCAAAAGCUCGCUGGCCAGUCAGCUCAGCAAGCAGAGCUCCUUCUGCAGCGAGGCGGGCAUGAGCACCGUCAGCUCCGCCGCCUCCGACGGCCACUCCAACGCCGGCGAGGGCGAACACGGCGCCCCCGUGGACGCCACCGUCACCGAGAUGUACGCCGGCGAGUGGCGGGGCGACCAGAGGGCCGGCUGGGGGGUCAGCCGGCGCUCGGACGGCCUGCGCUACGAAGGCGAGUGGGCGGGCAACAAGAGGCACGGCUACGGCUGCACCGCCUUCCCCGACGGCACCAAGGAGGAGGGCAAGUACAAGCAGAACGCGCUGGUCAGCGGCAAGCGCAAGAACCUGAUCCCGCUGAGGGCCAGCAAGAUCAGGGAGAAGGUGGACCGGGCCGUGGAGGCCGCGGAGAAGGCGGCGGACAUCUCCAAGCAGAAGGCGGAGAUCGCCAUGUCGAGGAUGAGCCACGCUCGUGGGAAGGCGGAGGCCGCUGAAGGAGUGGCCCUGAAGGCCUCGGAGGAGUGUCGCCUGGCCCGCAUCGCCGCCAAGGAGCUCUCGCCCUCCUUCCACAUCUACGGGAACGGGCUCGAGUGUCAGCGGCCUCAUCACCAGGCCAACAAGGACCACGAGGUGAUCUCCACGGGAACCGACAGCCCGGAGCUGUGCACGCCGGACACCACGCCGCCCGCGGCCACGCCGGACCUCAGCCCCGUGCUGGGCGCCUCCACCUCGCCCCCCCGCAGCCCGUCCGCACACGCCCACCGGCCCAGAAAUGCUUGCUUCAUGCGCCAGACCGCCGUGGAUGACCACGGCGCCGCCGAGAUCCAGGUGCUGGUGGAGGGGCGGGGCGUGGACCUGCCGAGGGGCGGGGCUAACAAUUGGACCGACGAGGUGUAUCCGGAGCGCGGGGGCAGCAGCCGCUCCACCACGCCCUCCCUCCUGGAGGAGCAGGAGGGGCAGAUCAACGGCCACGAGCAGGCGCCUUUGCCCAACCACAAACCCCGGGAGAAACCCUCGGCCAAUCACAAGCCGAGGGAGCACGCCUCCUCCUACCGAGCGUGGGAGCACUCCAACCAGAAGCCCUCCAAGCAAGCCUCUUCCAAUCACAAGUCCAGGGAGUACUCGUCCUCCAACCACAAAACACGGGAUCAUUCCUCCGCCAAUCACAACGCCUCUUCCAACUACAAGCCGCAGGUGCACAUUUUACCCAAUCACAAGGCCUUGGAACACAACGCGUCCAAUCACAAGACUUCUGAGCAUGCUCCUUCCAAUCACAAGCCCCACGAUUAUAUCUCCUCCAAUCACAGCGCGAAGGACCACGUCUCGUCCAGCUACAACCCCCGAGAGCACGUCUACUCCAACCACCACCCGAAGCAGCACAACCCGUCCAACCACAAGCCCGGCGGCGAGCACGCCGAGGCCGACCAGCGGCCGGAGGGCCUCACCGGGGGCUGGACUGCCGAGAGCACCCUCAGGUGGAGCCCCGCCCACUCGCGCCUCACGCAGCAGGACGAGGAGAGGAUGAGCGACUACACGGUGGACAUGAGGCUCCAGUGUCCGGAAUCGCAGGCGCCUCGGGGGCUGGGCCCGGAGUCCCCGGCCCCCAAGAACAACCGGCUGCGAGCCCGGGCCCUCCGGCCCGUCCGGGAGGGAUCCGUGGACUCUGUGCAGAUGCUGGACGACCUGAAUGUGGGGGCGGAGCUAGAGGAGUGGCCGCUGCACAGGGACCUCACCCUCUCCCCGCCCCUUAAGUCUCAGCCCAUCGCUGUGGAGCAGGAAGGAGAGCUUCUCACCCUCAAAUCAAACUCAGGCUCCAGCUCCAUCCUGGUGGUUAUGGUCAUUUUACUCAACAUUGGAGUAGCCAUUCUUUUCAUUCACUUCUUCAUUUAAAGCGUGCACAGGUUACGAUCUCCUGAGACUUAUUGAUAACUACGGUAUAUUACAUUAUUACUUAUUGAGACGGACGUGCUGCCUAUCGGACCGGAGCCCAGGGUCACAGCGGAGAGCCUUUACUAAUGUGUGCGAACCGGAGCCCCCCGGUUCGUUCCCUAUUCCAGAUGCGACACACGUGUUUAGCUUUUUGCCACCAUAGAAGAAGAAGAAAGCGAAGAAGAAGAGUGCAGCUUUAAAACGUGUUCAUGGGUGUCCAAAUCAGCUGUAUGGUUGGACACUUAAAGAUGGAAACUGGUGGGUUUUUUUUCCAUCAUUCUAAGACAAAGAAAAAUAUAGCAACCCUUGUUUCCUGGUUACCGUGACAACCAAGAGCACGGCACACACACUCCAUCCUAAACCCCCCCCUUUUCUGCCUUUUGACCCUUUCCCCUGUUGCCCCCUCCAACCCCUAUUCGCACUACGCGCUAUACGUACAGAACUAUGCUGCAGGAGUAGAUCCAUUUUAAAGGGCUCCGUCAUGACUCUUUUCUUUCUUCCACUACGGACUGCACACACGACCAUUGCAUGAGGCUGUGUGGUUUUUUUUGGGUCUUUGUUUCUUAAAAAAGUGCAUUUUCUAUCCCUUUAACAUCACGGUUAUGUCCUCGUUUCUUUUUUCUGUGUGUGCGCACGCCACACGUGGUCGUCACUUCCUGUCGCACACGCCCGUGUGUGUGCCGGCAGA